AUGGUCCAGCAUACCGGUUGUGUGACAUCUAUCGAUGCGCUCUCUACGCAGGAGCCUGACUUCAUCGUCAUUGGUGGCGGGAUUGGUGGUUUGGUCGUUGCAAACCGUCUGAGUGAAGAUGCCGAGAAGAAGGUACUCUUGAUCGAAGCGGGAGCCAAUCGUAGAGGAGACCCCAAAAUCGACACGGUUGGUAUGUUAUCAACGCUGUAUGGAGACCCCGAUUAUGAUUGGGACUUUAUGACCGAGCCCCAGAUGCACGUCAAUGGUCGGCAAAUCCCACAUCCACGAGGAAAAGUUCUCGGUGGAUCUUCAGCAAUCAACUUUGGUGCAACUGUAUAUCCUUCAAAGGCCGAUUUCGAAUCUUGGGAGGCACUCGGCAAUGAGGGCUGGGGUGCCACCGGAGUCGCGCCAUACCUUCGCAAGUUCAGUCGUUUCACAGCACCGAGUGCAGAAACGAAAGAACUCCUGAGCAUAGAUUAUAUCAAUGAGGAGUUGCACGGUAAAGACGGCCCUGUUCCAGUAACAAUUCCGGACGUUUAUGGGCCUUUCCAGGCGUCAUGGGUCAAGACUCUGGAUAAUCUUGGCUGGUGCAAUUCAGAUGAUCCUAUCGAAGGCGAGAAGCUGGGCACAUUUGCUUGUGGGCUGUCCAUUGAUGCAGAGACAAAGACCCGCGGCUACGCUGCGUCGGCCUACUAUACCCAACAAGUUGCGGAAAGACCUAACCUGGAAGUAUUGACAGAAACAUUCGUCGAAAAAAUACUUACCAAUGUUUGUGACGGCUCCGUACAAGCGAUUGGGGUAAAGAUUCGAACAAGGAGUGGGGUACACGAAAUCACGGCGAAGAAGGAAGUCAUCCUCUCCGCAGGCACCAUUCAAUCACCACAAGUUCUUGAGCUUUCCGGUAUCGGCCAAAAGGAGCUUCUCGAGAAGCAUGGAAUUCCGGUGGUUCUUGACAGUCCUGGUGUCGGCGAGAACCUCCAGGACCAUGCCAUCUCGGCGCCUUGCUUCGAGAUUGCGGAUGACCAGUUCUCGGCAGAUAUAAUGCGCGAUCCAAACAUCGUACAGGCCGUGCUCCAACAGUACAUGUCCACCAAGACCGGCCCACUUGUUGGUAUUCCGAUCAGUGUGACCAUGCUUCCGCUCAUCGACUCUGAUGGCCGCGUCAGUCACGAUGAAAUUGCCCAAAUGGCGAGGCAGUGUGGCGAAGACAAAGACUUGCCUCUUUGGCAAAAGAGACAAUACGAACAGCUCGAGAAGCAGAUAUCAGGCCCGAAUGAGGCAGCUGGAUAUGCGAUGAUGCUGCCACUGCAGUUGAACAUCUCUGCGGGAGCUACGCAGAUGAAGGAGCUACUUGCGCCAUCGAAUCCCAAGAACUUCAUCACCAUAAUGGCGGUCAACAACCAUCCCUUCUCUCGUGGCUUCUGCCAUAUUCGAUCCGCGGAUCCGAAAGAGAAGCCGAUUCUAGACCCAAAAUAUCUUUCUCAUCCCCUGGAUCUCGAGAUACUUGCCCGGUAUACGCAAUACAUCGAAACCAUUGUCAAGACUGAACCCUUCGCUUCGUUGCUCAAACCUAGUGGGCGAUUGCCGGACGGCAAGCGAGCCACGGAUCUAGAUGCGGCGAAAGAUAUCGUCAAGGAGCGAUUGCUGAGCACCUUUCACCCCACGGGUACAUGUGCCAUGAUGCCCAAGGAACUCAACGGUGUCGUCGAUAGCAGACUGAAGGUACACGGGACAAAGAACCUGAGGAUUGUGGACGCAUCGAUCUUUCCAAUGGAAACGUUGGGAAAUAUCCAGGCAACAGUGUAUGCGGUGGCGGAGAAGGCAGCUGACCUUAUCAAGCAGGACUGGAAGAAGUAG